UGAACCGUUGUCUUUUUUUUUUAAUCCAGGAAGCCCAUUACCAGUUUAUCUUCUAACCAUGAACAGACGUAGAUGUGUCGCUUUAGCCAGUAAUGCAGACAAAUGAAUGAAUGUGUAGCCAUGAACCCGACCUCAAGUGGAUAUUGGAGCGUUUUGUUGUGCACGUUGUUUAUUUCUGGAGUGAUUACGAUUUCAUUAGCAACUAACUCAGAUCAAAGUGAGGUGCAGGAUCAUGAAUUUCAAGCCCCUGAUGGAUUAGACGUGGACCGUGAAGGGCACACCCCACAAUUUGAAACAGACACCACAGAACCACAUUUUAAAAGACAAUUCAAAACUGCUGAAAUUGCUGAUGCUGUCUUGGGGACUGAACUCUCUGGAAACUCAGCUGGGAUUGAAUCUCUUAUUCCAAAAAGCUUGAAAGGCUCAUUGUCAGGGGUUUCAGCACCCUCUACACCUUGUGGUGAUGAGAAGUGUAAGGCUGUUUUGGUUUUUCAGGAUACCAAUGAGCAGCAGGGGCCUGCUGACCUCGCAGUGGUUCACAUAGACUCCGGCAUGGCAGAAGGGAACAAUACCACAGAGACAGCCAAGACGUACAAAGUCAACUGUGACAAAAGAAGUGUUAUUGGACUGGAGAACUUCACAGUGCAGGUUCUCAAUGCAUCUCAGGACCUGAUGGAGUUCUUGAAUGCCAAUAGCACAGAAUGCUCCUUGGUACUCUUCUACACUACCUGGUGUCAGUUUUCUGCAAAUCUCGCUCCUCAUUUCAACGCUCUGCCACGGGUCUUUCCCACCAUGACCUUCCUCGCUCUUGAUGCCUCACAGCACAGCAGUCUAUCCACUCGAUUUGGGACAGUGGCUGUUCCCAAUAUCCUUCUUUUUCAAGGUGCCAAACCAAUGGCUAGGUUCAAUCAUACCGACAGAACUCUGGAAACAUUAACAUCCUUUAUAGCAAACCAAACAGGUUUUGAAGCAAUUCCAGACCAAACUGUUUCAGAGGGGGAUCAUUCAGGACCUUUACCUAGUGUCCCUGUGAAAAGCAUUGAUUGGCUCUUUGUGUUUUCUGUACUGUUCAUAUCUGGCUUUAUCCUGUACGCCAUCCUGCGGACAGACAGCAUACGCCUGCUCAUACCUGGACAAGAACACGAACACCAAGAAUAAGUGCAUAACCCAUACAUCUAUCAAAGCCAGUUGUGUACACCAUUCAUUCUGUUGUGGAGUUAACUGAGGUAAAAAUGGUCCCUAAUAGAAACAUGUGCCUGCUCAUGUUUAGUUCUUCUCACAUUUUGGCAAAUAUGAAUCUUUGGAGUAUUUGUGAUCUCUCACAGAAAAUGCUUUAAAGCAGAAUUGCCCUUUGUUCUUAUACAGUGGCAGUAACAGAGAUAUCCAUUAUGACACAGCAGUUAAUCCAUCUUUGCGGAUAUAUAAAUGUUUUGUUCCAUUUACAUAGUCUGUUGAAAGUAGGCUGUAAUAUUAUGAAUGCCUCCUCUGGAAACACUGAAGUGCUGAUAUGUGGGUUUGGGGUGUGUGCUUUUUUUUUUUUUUUUUUUUCCUUUUUUAAACACAAGACUAUUGCUGCUAUGAUGGACCUCUGUUAUUACAAGUGUGAUCUGUUUUGGUACAUAAACUAAAUAACAUCAAUUAAGAAGAAACAGUGUGCGGGUAAUGAGAAAGGACAGGUAAGCAUUCACUACUAAAAAGCUCAGUUUUAGAAUUAUAGUCCGUUUGAACAUUUUAAACUGGUUACUCUGUAGUGCCUAAAUGGAAGCUGUGUCACAUUAAAUUUUUAUCCCAGUUUAAACAAUAAAUCACAAAAUAUUUAACGGGAAUUCAAACUAAGUUGAGGGGGGGGGGGGGGCAUUAAAAUGUGAUGCUUCUCGUAACUGCUUAAUUAAUGUUAUAGCCUUUGCAAAGUUACUUUAGAAUAGAAUAAUAUAGGAUGGUAGGUUAAGGUAAUUACAGAAUGAUGUCACCCUAAAAUAUCACAACCACCUCUCAAAGAAUUAAUCAAGUAAUUAUUUGACAAGUAUGCACGUAAAUGACCUGUACCUUUUUCAUUUUAUCUCCAAUUUGAAAAUAGUUGUAAGCUUAAGUCAAUCUGUUCAAAUGUUUAUUUUAAAACGUUCAAAAUUAAACUUAUGGUUACUUA